GAGGACUCAGGGUCACCUGAUCCAGCCCUAACUACAUGCUUCAGCAAUAAGGAAAGUUUUAAGCCUAAUCUUAAAGUAACGUGUGUUUUGGGAUAAGUUGUAGGAAUCUUCUACAUUGAGGCAGACUGAAAACAGUCAAGAGAGGCAACAUCGUCUUAAAUGGGACAUAUGGUCAUGUGAAAAAGAACACAUCCAUAGGACCCUAUACAGUCGUUUGACUUGGCAGCCAGGUGCUGCUGAGCAGUAAAUUACCUGCUUCCCGGUUCUGGGACGACUACAGAAAAUAUGUCACAGUCAUACAGUACAUAGGUGAAAUUAUCCGUUAUCUCUUCUUUUUCUCUUCAAACAGAAACUCAGUAAUAAAAUCCACAAAGUCAGACUUGCAGUAGGCAACGGGAUCAGAGCAGAUGUUUGGAGGGACUUUGUGAGACGAUUUGGAGAAAUUCAAAUCAGUGAAUUUUAUGCAUCAACCGAGGGAAAAUUUGCUCUGUUGAUGCAUAGCACUAUGAAAUAUAGCAGCAAAAUGGGAGAUCAUGGGCGAGACAGGUGAACCUGGACUUCUGGUGACUGAAAUAACAGCCAAAGCUCCAUUCACUGGUUAUGUGAGAGACAUGAAUCAAACUGAGAAAAAGAAGCUGCACAACGUCUUCAAGAAAGGUGAUCUGUACUUCAACACCGGCGACCUGCUGCGCAUCGAUGAGGAUAAUUUCAUGUACUUCCACGAUCGUGUUGGCGACACAUUCAGAUCUAACUUUUUAGCUUUAACUAUUGCCCUCCCUGACUUGGUUCAGACAACAUCAGCGUUAACAGGUGUAGCAGGGAUUACACUGGGUGUUUGUGGUUUCUGCAACACAGGCACAUUAGCAGAGGCGAGCGGGACAAAGUAUCUGCUGUCCAGAGCGAUUUCCCUGAGGCGUACUGCACAUUGUACGAGUAACGCAUGAGUCUCAUUCUGAAUUGCUAGAUCCUGGGUGGCAAGAGAUCCAGAGCUUGUCCUCCCAGUAAGGAAACGAGAGGUUUGUGGUCCGUUUCGAGACAACAAUGUUUACCAAUCAGGAAAUCACGAAAUCGCUCAAAUGCCCAUGUAGACUAGACGCCAGUGCCUCUUUUUCUACUUCUACUUUCUACUUGGAUAUUGAAACAGGUGUAAAGUUGUUUGCAACUUGUGAAUUUUGACUCGAGGGUGAGUCAUCUCAAGAGUAACAAAUCUUUUGAUGCAUGUUUAAAGAUUUGUUUGAACAUCUAUAUGUCAUGGUCCUGAGUCUGCAGACUCAGUGUUUUGUGUCUCUUUAUGCUUUUGUUUAUUCUGAGUAUGUAUUCUGUUAUGAUUUGCCAUUUGUUAGGUUUCUGUUCUGUGCUUGCCCUGGUCCCACGUCUGUGUUCUGUCUGUCUAUGGUGUCACACUGUCUGUUUGUGAAUCUGUCUGUUUAGUUCAGUGUCUUAUCUGGUUCUCUGUGUCUGAGUUUCCUGUUUUAUUCUGAAGGUCCCCGUCUCAUGUGAGUGUGUUCAGUUUACGUUUCCCUUGUCCCGCCAGCUCCGACUUCUCCCAGGUGUGUUGCCCUCCUGUUUCUCAUCCCCUGAUUACUGCUGUGUGUGUUUAAGCCCUGUGUGUUCUCCUGCCUGCUGCCGGUUCGUCUGUGUUCCACAGUGUUUCGUUCCUCUCGCUGCGCCUCUCUGCCCCGCACUUCGUUUCGUGUGUUCUCAGGUUUGUUAUUUAGUUUUCCCAGUUUAGGUUUCUUUAGUUACUUGUCAUCCCUCACUGCCUGUUUGCCAUUACACUACCUUGUAAAUAAAUGUCACUCGAAUCAUCAGUCA